AUGACCAAGGAAAAAUUUAGUGCUGUUUGGGAUACUAAAUUACAGCAGUUUCACGCCGGUCAAGACUGGAAAUUUUUGGAUAAUUUUAUAGAAGAUUUUUCAGUAACGACUAAUGGUUUAGGAAUUCCAAAAUCUGCAUUAGAAGCAUCUAUAGAAGCCUGCUUCACCUGUCAUCAUUAUCCUUCAGCGGAUCAAGAGCCAGCUAAAACGUCACUUGCACAGUUUCUUUGGCCUGAUGAUUAUAAAAAACAUUCUAAUAGAUUACUUCUUGGAAAUGGUGCAAGCGAGUUAAUCGAUUUGGUUAUAAGGUCUGCACCUAAUGGUACAUGGAAACCAGGACCGUGGGACGUUCAAUAUAAAGAAUAUCAACGAUCUGCAGAAAAUAGUGGUCGAAUUAUUCUAAGUCCUCAGGAUACUACUCGAGCAACACUUUCAUGUAUUGUUAAUCCCUGCAAUCCUACGGGUGAUUAUAAAAAUGUUGCAGAAAUGAAGAAAUGGAUUCUCGAUAAUGUAGAAGAAGGGGGUGUGGUUUUAGUCGAUGAAUCGAUGCAACCCUGGCUAUCUUCAGAUUUUCGUUCCGAUUCUCUAAUUUCUCAAUACGAUUUUGCGCUCUCUCUUUACAAAACAAAGAAUAUAUCACUUUACAUAAUUCAUUCAUGGACAAAGUUCUGGUCUUGUACUGGAUUACGUCUUGGUUCAGUAGUGUGUCCUACUUCAAAGCAUUUUGAUGCUUUGAAAAGAAUUCAAGUUCCCUGGAGUGUAAAUUCACCUGCACUUGCGUUUUUGAAUACGGUGGUUGGGGACCAGAGUUAUAUGGAUCGCACAUGGAAACUUACAUCAAAAUGGCGAGCUGAGUUAAUCGAUAGAUUGAAGGUUAUUUCAAAUUCUAUUGUGAUGUUUCACAAUGAUUCAAUGCUUGCAUGGGAAUUUUAUGGAAGCGACUUUUUAUCGUGGGUUUGGAUUGAUAUGAAAACUGUCAAGAUUUCUGAGGAUGCUGUGGACAGAGCUAAAGCUGCCGGUGUACCAGUUAGGAGUGGGAAACCUGGGUAUAAUAGACCGACUUAUGUUAGAGUGGCAGUUAGAGAGCCUUUAAAAGUUGAUUUUUUGAUUCAAGCCUGGAAAAAUCUUGGGAUCCAAUGA